AUGGUGCAGAACUUUAUUCUCUACGACUGCGGACACAGAGAACUCGAAAGCCCUUCUCCCCUCAAGAGGCUCAAGAGAGCUCUUAGUCUCAAAAGGGUUUUGAGUAACAAGGUCAGGGAGCCGAAGGACAUCCGAGUUGAUGGAGCAUGCCUAGAAUGCCGAAAAUAUCCUAUCGGAUUGCUAAUUGGCGACCAAGUAUUUCGUCGUGUAAACAACCCGAUGGAACCUGCCGUUAUUAGGGAGGAGAACACCCCUUCCGACUCCUCCGACGAGCCAAAAGCAGAAAGCCAGCAAGAGAGGUCUUCUAGCGAGGAAGAAGCGGCUCACGAAGAGGACGUAGAGGAGAGAGAAGGAUUAGAUCACGGCGUCGUAGAAAGACCACCAACUCGUAUUCCUCGACGACCCGUGGGUGCUCCCCUUGCCCAAGAGCAUCCAAAGUCCGCCGAGUCCAGUAGUGGAGAAGAUCCAUUCGCAGACGGAGAGGAUCCUUUCAAGGAAGGAGAGCAUGCCUUCACAGACGGAUAUCUCCAUGAGGGUAUCAAUCGCUGGAUAUCGCUAACUGAAAAAGAGCGGGAGCACGACAAAGGAGCAUUGGGAGCUGACGAGUCGACGAUUAUAAGUGACGAACAAGAAAAGGAGUAA